AGCGCACUGGCACGCGAAAAUGACAUGGUCACUGUCGAAAUCGGAGAAGAGCAUCACGUCUAUCAUGCCUACAAGGCCCUGCUCAUACACCACUCGGACUACUUCCGCAAGGCUUUGAAAGGUCCAUGGAAAGAGUCGAAAGAACACAAGGUCACGCUGGAGGACAUUGAACCGAACACGUUCGACAUUUUCGUAAUCUGGUUGUAUACACAGCGACUUCCCGGGAUAAUAUCCAGAUGGGAGGAAGCUUCGAGACACGCGCAAUCGGACCAAGAACGCAUCAAAGCCAUCGUCUUCGCCGACCGGUUCCUCGUCCCAGGCUUCAGAAAAGCGGUGAAAAUCGACCUAGUCGACCGAACAUGCGUAUACGAGUCCAACUGCUGCUACCCGGGGAUCAUCUACGCUUUCGAGCAUCUGCGCUCAGACGACCCUCUGCUGGACUUCUUGGUCGACGUCCAGUGCGCUUUCCUCGAUGCAGAGAGAGAUAAAGCGUACCUCCGAUCUGAGCUGCCGAAUGAGUUCCUGAUCCGCGUCAUGCUGAGGUAUUCGAAGGUGUUGCAGAAGCCGGAGUUGCAGGUGCUUGAUUGGUGUUCGUAUCAUGAGCAUGGAUUCGACGAGGAGAAGAGAGUGUGUUAG